CGCAUAAACAACCAGACGAUCAUUCGACUGCCCCUCGCAACUAAAUAAAACCAAGAACGAGCAACUAUGGCAGGCCUCAAAAGACAAUCAGAGGGUGCCGGCGGUGCCGCUCGUGGUACUAAACGACCCCGUGAUGAGCCGUCGACAUCAACAAAGACGACGGACAAGCCCGCCAGCUCGCAGCCUCGACCCGUCUUUACCUCGGCGCUCAUGGCGGACGAAGGUGACUUCCCAAGAGGAGGUGGUACGACGCUGACCCCGCUCGAGUACAAGGAAGUCAGGGACGAGGGGAGAAAAGAGGCUGAGAAGGACGUCGAGGCCGAGAGGAAGAAGAGACGGUUGACCCAGAACAGUCGGAAGAAGGGGAAACCGGUGGACGGCGGGAAGAAAGCGGAUGCCAAGGACAAGGACGCUAUCCGUGUGGAACACUUGAACUACAAGCGAUUAACACAGGGCACCAAAAUCCUCGCCCGUAUCCAUUCCGUCCUCAACCUCCACCUCAUUCUCUCUCUACCGAACCAGCUCCUCGCUCACGUUCCUAUUACCGAGAUCUCCAACUCUCUCACCCAUCUGCUUACUAAGGACGAGAAGGACAGCAACAGCGACAUCUCCAUGAAAGAGGAAGAGUCCGACUCGGACGAUGAGGAAUCCAGCGUUCCCGAGCUGCAUCAGCUCUUCCGACCGGGUCAAUACGUCUUGACCACCCUCACCCAAUCCUUCGUGUCCGAAUCCAGCAACAAGGCUUUCCUCACCCUCUAUCCACCCUCAGAGGCGAUUAGACUGGCGAGCAGGUUGGAGAUGAGCUUGGUUCCGGAAAAGGUCAACAAGGAGGUUUCGAAAUUGGAUGUCGUCAAGGGUUUCAGGGUCACUGGAGAGGUCAAGGGGGAGGAAGAUCACGGGUGGAUCGUAGGAUUGGGAGUAGAGGGGAUCGAAGGUUUCUUGAGAAAGGAGGACGUCAAGGGGGUCAACAUCGUCGUCGGACAGCUGCUGGAUACGGUGGUCUCCGACGUUCAAUCUAACGGUCGGAUUGCUCGUCUGACGAUCGACCCUGUCAUCGUGGCGCGAACUCAGCAACAAGAAGUCACAACAAUCACCAGUCUGUUGCCCGGGCAUAUCAUCUCGGCCCUGAUCACCUCGGUCAUCCCCUCGACUGGUCUCAACCUGAAGAUCUUCGGGACGUUUGACUCUACCGUGGACUUGACCCACUUGCCUGUGUCUCCCUCUGUCGACCUUGAAGAAGCGUACAAGGUUGGGAAAAAGGUCAAGGCGAGGAUCAUCUUCGAGACGGUAGGGACGACGGAUACGGGCAAGGUAUUUGGUCUGAGCUUGUUGCCGCACGUCGUUGAUGGCAAGAGUCCCGUGGUCGAUGGCGAGGAUGUGGAGCAGAAGAUGACGAUCGGCACGAUCUGCGAGGACGUCGAAGUGGAACGGGUGGAAAAGGAAUGGGGUCUCGUCUGUACCACUCGGGAGGGUUAUCGAGCAUGGGUUCAUAUGUCGCAUGUGGCGGACGAACGACCGGCGAGUCUCUCAGGGACUGGACCUUACCGAGUUGGGACCAAGCACAAAGCCAGGGUUCUCGGUCAUUCGCCGUUCGAUGGACUGGUCUUGCUCAGUUUCGAACCCAAGGUCAUCAACCAAAAGUUCAUGCUCGUUAGCGAGGUCAAGGUCGGAGAGAUGAUGAAGGGAACGAUCAGCAACUUGACCGACAAAGCCUUGUUUGUGGACGUUUCCGGAAGCGUACAGGGUGUCGUUUUCCCUCUUCACUACGCCGACAUCAAGCUCAAGCACCCGGAGAAGCGAUUCAAGGCCGGACAGAGCGUCAAGUGUCGAGUCUUUUCCGUCGAGCCUGAAAAGGGUCGUGUCAAGCUGACCUUGAAGAAGAGCUUGGUGGAGGCCACCGAGACCAUUCCUCUUGGGUUUGAUGAUGUCAAGGUCGACAUGGUCACUCCCGGUCUGAUCACCAAAGUCUUUGAAAAGGGAUGCUUGGUCGAGUUGUUCUCGGGCAUCGUGGCCUACGUUCCUCUCGCCGAGGUCAGCGACGCUUUCAUCACGGAUCUCAAGACGGCCGUGUUCGAGGGCAAGCCUGUCAAGGUCAAGAUCACUUCGGUCGAUCGGGAGUCGCAAAAGAUGUUUGCGAGCAUCAGGCAGGCAUUACCUUCCAACUUGGCGGCUGCGGCGAUCCAGAUCGAUGAUGUCGUCUCGGGAGAGGUCGUGCAGAUCCAUCAAGACCAGAUCGUUCUCAAGCUCUUGCCGAGUCAGAGAAAGGCUAUCCUGGCUUUGGGCAACUUGGCGCACCACCGUGGCGUCAAGAUCGCAGCUCUGAAAACUUCGCUCAAGGUUGGGGAAAAGCUCGACGAUCUCGUCGUUGUUGUCAAGAGCGAUGACACCGGUCUGAUCAUCGUCGCCAAUAAGCAAAAGCCCGCGAGCACCGAGACCCCGACGGGACUCAUCUCCAAGGGUAUCAACAUGUCCAACCUCAAGCCCGGUCAGGUCGUCCCCGCCCGUGUGACCAAGAAGAACGCUCAGGGAUACUUUUUGAGCAUUACGAGAAACGUUGUCGGACGACUUCACCCGACCGACAUGGCCGACGACUUUGGCAAGCUGCCCGAGAUAAACCAGGGCGACAUCGUUAAGUGUUGCGUGAUCAAGGUCGACGCCGAGAGCCGGCAGCUAGACCUUUCGACGAGGCCUUCGAGGGUCGACGCGGCUGGUUCGAGCGGCAAGUCGAUCAUUCUCGACAGGGAGAUUGAAUCGCUUUCCGACCUCAAGAAGGGGCAAAAGAUUCGAGGGAUCGUCAAGAACAUCACCGGGAGCGGUCUCUACGUCAGCUUGGGCAGAAACGUCACCGCGAGGGUCAUGAUCAAGGAGAUGUUUGACGACUAUGUCGCCGACUGGCAGUCUAGGUUUGAAAAGGGUCAGGUGGUCGAGGGAAAGCUGCUCAGCGUCGAUGCCAAGAAGGAGCAGGUCGAGAUGACCCUGAAGAAAAAGGCCAGCAAGACCAAGGAGAAAAAGUCUUCCGCUGGCUUGGCCGAUUUCCAGGUCGAUCAAAAGGUCGACGCUAUCGUUCGAAAGGUCGAAGACUAUGGAAUUUUCCUCAAGAUCGAUGGAACCGAUAUCAGUGGUCUGUGCCACAAGUCAGAGAUUGCCGAUGACAAAAAGGCCGAUGUCGCUCAAGCGAUGAAGAGCUUCCGAUCGGGCGACAAGCUCAAGGCCAAGAUCACCGCCAUCGAUACCGAGGCAAACAAGAUCUCGUUCGGUAUCAAGCCGAGUUAUUUCGAUGCCGAAGACUUCGGCCUUGAGAAGGACGACGAGGAGAACGAGGCUGAGGCUUCAGAGGAUGGUGACAUGGAUGCCGAUGAGGAGGCCGACGGUGACGUUGACGAGGACGAGGGUUCUGCAGCUGAGAACGGCUUCAUGGAUCUCCAGGCGGAAGAUGACGACGAGGAGGAAGAGGAGGACGAUGAAGAGGAAGAGGAAGAGAUGGACGACGACGACGAAGAGGUCGAUGAUGAUAGCGCUGCGCAAGAGGGAGAAUCAGAGUCUGAGGAGGAAGACAUCGUCAUGGUGUCGGGAAACAACGUCAAGCCGGCCAAGAACGGCAAGUCCGCCUCAGCGACAACGGCUUCAGCAGCUCUCCCCAUCAAGGGUGGCUUUAGCUGGAACGGCGCGACUACGCAGCCAGAUGAGGAAGAAGCCUCAGAUUCCUCAUCGGACGAAAGUUCGGACGAAGAGGUGGAGGAUUCGGGCAAGACUGGCAAGAAGAGAAAGGGUGGUCACCAACCGAUCAAAGACUUGACAGGCGAGAUUCGAACGAAGCAACCCGAAUCCAGCGCCGAGUUUGAAAGAGCGCUUUUGGCUUCGCCCAACUCGUCAUACUUGUGGAUCCAGUUCAUGUCGUUCCAACUAGCCCUCUCCGAGAUUGAAAAGGCCAAGGAUAUUGGUCGACGGGCAUUGACCACGAUCGCGUUCAGAGAAGAAGAGGAAAAGCUCAACGUGUGGAUGGCGCUCAUCAACCUGGAGAAUGCUCACGGGACGCCCGAGAGUUUCGACAAGCUGUUCAAGGAGGCUGCGCAAUAUAAUGACGCCAAGACUGUCUACCUCAGGACGGCCUCCGUACUGCAGCAGACUGAAAAGCUUGACGCCGCCGCCGAGAUUUUCAAAAAGGCUUGCAAGAAAUUUGGUCAGGACUCUGAGCCUUGGACGAGUUUCGCAGAGUUCGAGUUUGUCGCGAGGGAUGACGCGGAUGCUGCGCGAGCGCUCCUGCCUCGAAGUUUGAAGAGCCUGCCCACAUCUGAGCACUCAAAAACGAUUGAAAAGUUUGCCAUUCUUGAAUUCCGUCAUGGAGACCAGGAGCGAGGCAAGACCAUCUUUGAGGGUCUCGUUGACCGAUAUCCCAAGCGACUCGACAUUUGGAACAACUAUAUCGACCAGGUUACAAAGCUUGGAGAUGUCCAGUCUGCCAGGGGACUGAUCGACCGAGCACUCGACCAAAAGUUGACACCGAAAAAGGCCAAAUUCUUGUUCAAGAAGCUCAUCUUUGUCGAGGACCGCAUCGGCGACGACGCAGGCAAGGACCGGGCCAAGGCCAAGGCCAGGGAGUGGGUCUUGAGCCAGGCCAAGGAGGACGAGGAUGACGAGUAGACCGGGGUCGCGUGAUCGUGUACAAUAUGUAUGGAGCAGGGAUGGUAGACCGAUUGUAAUACCCAAUAUCGACCGUCAUCAUCGAGGAUUUCUGAGCCAAGAAUCCUACGGUCGAAUGUCACUCUCUGGAUGCUGAUGAAUCGCCCAGGUAAUC